GCCUUGCCAUCAUUAGCUGUACACGUAAGUUGCCAUAAUCUCCAGGUGGCAGCAGCUCAUGCUUUGCAUGCUUCUGCGUAUUUGGCAAGAUCAUAACCCCGCUUCAGCACUUCCCAUCCAAUCUCGAACUCGGAGGCUUGAUCUGCUGCAAAGGGCCAAAAAGUGAGAAAGAUGGUUUUACCAGAAGAAGAGAUCACAAGGCUUUACAGAGUUCGAAGAACCGUGAUGCAAAUGCUGAGAGAUCGGAAAUACUUAGUUGGAGAUUUUGAGAUCAACAUGACAAGAGAACAGUUCAAGGCCAAAUAUGGAGAAAACAUGAAAAGGGAAGACCUUACUAUCAAUAAGACAAAGAGAAAUGACAGCACUGAUCAGCUUUACGUAUUCUUUCCUGAAGAGCCAAAGGUUGGGGUCAAGACCAUAAAAACUUACACCAACCGCAUGAAAUCGGACAAUGUAGCCAGAGCAAUCUUGGUUACUCAACAAAAUAUGACUCCCAUGGCAAGGACCUGUAUAAGCGAAAUAUCUUCAAAAUUCCACAUGGAGGUUUUUCAGGAGCCAGAGUUGAUGGUGAAUGUUACAGAACAUGUUCUAGUUCCUGAGCAUCAGCUGCUUACAAAUGAGGAAAAGAAGACCUUACUGGAGAGGUAUACUGUGAAAGAGACACAGCUUCCUCGUAUUCAGUUGACCGAUCCAGUUGCAAAAUAUUACGGGCUUAAGCGUGGACAAGUUAUGAAGAUAAUCCGGCCAAGUGAGACUGCAGGACGAUACAUCACCUACCGUUAUGUUGUGUAAUGCACUUACUUUCAUUGUUAGUUGACACCUGACCUGCUAGUGCUCUGUUUAUAAAUACUUGUGGCUGGAUGAGAGAGAGCUCACAAGUGAAGCAGUCUUUGCAUUUAGCAUCUUAGGCAACUGUUAUAAGUAUUUUUACAAUAGAGUCAACACUAGCUAUUAUACUGGACUUGGUGUUGACUUUAUCUUCAGCUAUUAUAUUAGCAUUCUUCCAAGCCAAUAUUAAGUCCAGUAUUUUUACUAGGGGUGGGCAUAAAAACCGAUAAACCGAUCAAACCGACCGAACCAAACCAAACCAAACCGAAAAAUAAGAUUUUUUUAACCAAACCGAAAAAGUCAACGCUGGACCUGAACCGAACCGUUGACUUCGGUUCAGGCUUCGGGUUUAAAAAUUUUUAAACCGUUGGACCUGACCCGAACCGACCAUUAUUUAAUUAUAUAAACAUUUGACACAUGGCGUUGUCUCAUUGGCUUAAAUAAGAACUUUGGGUGGGUUUGCUUGCACUAUAUCAGAACCUCUCUCAAAUUUUAAUUUAUUAUUUUUUCACUAACCCUCUCAGACUCACUCUGUAUCUAUCUCUCACUCACUCACGAAACCCUACACUAUUUCUCUCCCGAUCUGAGACUAACCCUACCUCAUCGGCCGCCAUCUCUAUCGCGCGCUCUCUCUGUCUCUCUCUCAACUCAUCUCUCUCUCUCUCUCUCUCUCUCUCUCUCUCUCUCUCUCUCUCUCUUAGUCACAUCUUUAAGUCUCUUAGAGACGCGAGACUCAUUCUCUUUCUCCAAACCUAACCAAACAUCAAUCCAAUAUCAUUGGUUUUUGGAGCGAAUCCUUGUAAAUUUUGGAGGGCUCUGGUUCAUUCUAAGUUGUUGUGCUUAGUCUCUGUGGGUUUGGAUUAAUAGGCAAAAUUGAAGAGGCUAGGUUUUCCACUGUAAAAGUUUUGGCGGCAGCAGAAGGAAGCAGAAA